UUGAGCCUCCCUUGCCACUCCACAGAGAGAGAGAGAGAGAGAGAGAGAGAGAGAGCAUGUGCAGAGCCUCUUCUUUCCUUCUCUACAGGCGCGUAUCAUCUGCUUGGGGUCGCACUCUCCCCUUUCUAUCGAAUGGUAAUCGCAGUCCCUACGGUAGCGUUCGUCAUCCUCCCAUUCGCCACAUCCGUUCGUCCUCACUCUCUUGGGAUUCCCAACGAGGAGUAAAGACUGAUGUGGAUUCUUCCGAGUUCAAGAAAUGGCAUAACGGUGGUGGUUGGAUUCAUAGUUCGGCUAAAGUAGAACCUACUGUGGUAGUAGAAAUUGGUGCAGUGGUUCAUUCUGGAAGUGUGCUUGGGGCGAAUGUUCACCUUGGUUCAGGUGCUAUCGUGGGGCCUGAUGUUGGGAUUGGCCAAGCGACCAAAAUAGGGUACAAUGCAUCCCUCUGUAAUUGCUCUAUUGGUGACCAUUGCAUUAUACACAAUGGUGUCUCUGUUGGUCAAGAUGGGUUUGGGUUCGAUGUGGUUGAAGGAAGGAUGCUGAAAAAGCCUCAACUACUUCAUGCAAGAAUAGGAAACCAUGUGGAAAUAGGUGCCAAUUCAUGCAUUGACAGGGGAAGUUGGAGAGAUACCAUCAUUGGUGAUCACUCAAAGAUAGAUAAUUUAGUUCAGAUAGGGCAUAAUGUAGUCAUUGGAAGAUGCUGUAUGCUUUGUGGUCAAGUUGGAAUUGCAGGUUCUGUGACGCUAGAGGACUAUGUCACCCUGGGUGGCAGAGUAGCUGUAAGAGAUCAUGUUUCCAUUGUUUCAAAGGUCCGCCUAGCAGCUAAUAGCUGUGUUACAAAAAGCAUUAAUGAACCAGGCGACUAUGGAGGAUUUCCUGCGGUUCCCAUUAGGGAGUGGCGCAAACAAAUUGCAAAAAUUCGCCAGAUAACUAAGAUGCCGCAGUCGCCGAAGUAGCGUCGUUUUGCUUCAUUCUUCGGAUCUUCAAUCCACAACUUCGUUGGUGUUUAGUGGAUGUUGGAAACAUCAUCAUUUCCUAGUCCUCUGCUCAUGUAUAGGAUGGAAGGAUUUUCUUAACCUUUGAAACCUUCUUUGGCUUGAGUCCACAAAGGUUGGCUUCAAAUGUUCCUUCUUGGCAAAGAAAGUUUGUAUCUUGAGGAUAUUUCAGUAUUAAUGCACUUGAGUUUCUCUCUGUA